CAAUAUCCCACGCACAUAGCAGCAUCCAAAUCCAUGAUCUCUAAAAUCAUAAAACCUCAAUUUCACCAACUAAGUUAGACAUAACUGACGAUAAGGAUUUUUUAUAUAGAUCUAAAAUAAUGAACCACUUGUUAUAUAUACCCUUCCCACUUGGUCCAAUUACUCUGUUCUUCAUUUCUUCAUCAGACCACAACUGUAUUAGCAUUACCACUGCUGCUGCUGCUGAUUCUCAUAAAACUGUCAUCUGUCUUUCCACCACUUUUCCCCACCGCGUGCUCGUUUUCCUUUUCACCCGAAAGACUUUUUUUUAAAGUUUACAGAGUCGGAUAAAUCAGUGGCAGCCAUGGAUGUCGACUUCGUAAACAAGUCAGCCGCUGAAGACCAGCUGGAAAUGAUGCUGAUGCAGAUCGACGAUCUCCCUGAUUUCUCCGACGUCGAUGAGAUUCCCGCCAUGCUGCAAUUCCCUCAAGAGUCUGAUAAUAACAAUUUCUCCGUCUCAGAAAAUCUGCUUCUUGAUUCACCCACAUUCUUGCCUGCAGCAGCUUCCAGGAUAUCUUUCUCCGGCGGGGUUCAUCCGUGGGCGCCGCCGCAGCCCGGUUCAAGCGGUGGCAGAUGGGAAAGCACGGAUGAGUGUUCGGGGCCGGCCCAGAGGCGGCACUCCAUGGCGGCGAUGCGGGAGAUGAUCUUCCGGAUUGCAGCGAUGCAGCCGGUCCACAUUGACCCGGAAUCCGUGAAGCCCCCGAAGAGGAAGAACGUGAAGAUAUCUAAGGACCCUCAGAGCGUGGCGGCGCGCCACCGCCGCGAAAGGAUAAGCGAGAGGAUCAGGAUUCUUCAGAGGCUGGUCCCCGGCGGGACGAAGAUGGACACCGCUUCGAUGCUCGAUGAGGCAAUUCAUUACGUAAAGUUCUUGAAGAACCAGGUGCAGUCGCUGGAGCGGGUAGCGGUGAAUAGGCCGCCUCCUCCGGCGGCCGGAGUUGGGUUCCCGGUGGCGAUGUCCAGUGGGAAUUACUUCCCGGCGGCUGCAAAAGGGUAUCAUCAUCAUCAUCAAUAUGAGUCGCCGCCGCCUCACAAUGUGCACCACUUAGCCGAUGCUUAGUUAAUCAGCAGAUAAUAAUUCUUGCUUAAUAGGUGUAAAGGAAGAAAGAAAAUUCUUAGCCAAAUUUGAUCGAAUCAAAUAAAUUAUAUGUCUA